ACUAGCUUACCUUACCCCCAAGCUCUAUCUGUCGAUCUCUUUGAAGUCAGGAGUCAGUUCCAGCAGGAGUGACCGAUUUCAGUUGCUCGGUGGUGGCCCUGUAGAGGCGUCAACGCAGCCAGCCGUGCAUAGCUGUCGUCGUAUAGCUUCUAGUUGGAGUUUUUUUUUUAACUAGGUAUUUUUGGAUAGAAUGGGUGAGCGGAGAGUGAAGUUUUCUGAUGACCGGUUGGCUCCCGGCCACGCGCUUCAUGGAUCUGUAUUGGGUAGAAAAACAGAGCAACUGGAGUCGCUGUUCAAGCUGGGAAAGAAGCUCGGGCAGGGGCAGUUCGGCGUGACGUUCCUCUGCACGGAGAAAGCCACGGGGAAGGAGUACGCGUGCAAGACCAUUGCAAAGAAGAAGCUUAUAUCGAGGGAGGACGUGGAGGAUGUUAAGAGAGAGGUGGCGAUUAUGCAUCACCUGUCAGGCCACGGGAACAUCGUGUGCAUCAAGGGGGCGUACGAGGACCACGCGAAUGUGCACAUUGUCAUGGAGCUCUGCACGGGAGGCGAGCUGUUCGAGCGCAUUAUCAAGAAAGGCCAUUACAGCGAGCGCCAGGCGGCGGAGCUGACGCGCACCAUAGCCAAGGUGAUCGAGGCGUGCCACUCGCUGGGCGUGAUCCACCGCGACCUGAAGCCCGAGAACUUCCUCUUCGCCAGCAAGUCCGAGCACGCCGACCUCAAGGCCACCGAUUUCGGCCUCUCCUACUUCUUCAAGCCAGGCGAGUUCCUCUCGGACGUGGUGGGCAGCCCGUACUACGUGGCGCCCGAGGUGCUGCGCCGGCGGUACAACGAGAAGGCGGACGUGUGGAGCAUGGGCGUCAUCAUCUACAUCCUGCUCAGCGGCGUGCCGCCCUUCUGGGCAGAGACGGAGCAGGGCAUAUUCGAGGCGGUGCUGCGGGGCGAGCUGGACUUUGAGUCGGACCCAUGGCCGUCCAUCAGCGAGGACUCCAAGGACCUCAUCCGCCACAUGUGCUGCCUCGACCCCAAGAAGCGCUACUCCGCCUACGAUGUGCUGUGCCAUCCGUGGGUGGCAAAGGACGGGGUCGCGCCAGACAAGCCUCUCGGCUCGGCAGCCAUCUGCCAUCCGUGGGUAGCAAAGGACGGAGUGGCUCCAGACAAGCCUCUCGGCUCCGCAGUGCUCUCCCGGCUGAAGCAGUUCACAGCGAUGAACAAGCUCAAGAAGAUGGCGCUGCGCGUGAUAGCGGAGAGCAUGUCGGAGGAGGAGAUCUCGGGGCUCAAGGAGACCUUUAAGAUGAUGGACACCGAUGGCAGCGGCACGAUUACUUACGAGGAGCUGAGGGCGGGGCUCAAGAGGAUCGGGUCGACCCUCAAUGACUCGGAGAUCCGCGAGCUCAUGGAUGCGGCUGACAUUGAUGGCAACGGCACAAUCGACUACGGCGAGUUCCUGGCGGCGACGGUGCAGCUGAACAAGAUCGAGCGCGAGGAGACGCUGUUUGCGGCCUUCUCGUACUUUGACAAGGACUCGUCCGGCUUCAUCUCCACCGACGAGCUGCAGGACGCCUGCCGCGAGUACGGCGUCGACGAGGAGUGCAUCGUGGAGACCAUGCGCGAUGUGGACACUAACAACGAUGGCAUUAUUGAUUAUAACGAGUUCGUGGCUAUGAUGAGGCAAGGCAACGGAGGCAUUGGCAGGAAGAGUUUGGGCGGCAGCUGGACAAGUGGGAACCUCUUCCGCGACCUGGUGUCUGCCGGCCAAAAGGCGGGGCCCAAUUCACCACUGGCGUCCGUACAACCCUGACCUUGCUUGCUUUCACUCGCUUGCUUGCAUGUUUUUAACUGACUGAACCUAUCACCCAGCAUUGAGUAGAGUGGGGGAUUUUUUAGGGCACUACGUCCUUCAGGUGGAGCGGAGUCGGUGUUUGACUAGUUAUUUUAGUUAUGAUGCAUGCACGCACUCCUGGAUGCACUGAAAUUCGUAUGGUUGUGUGUAGCUAUCAUCUGGACACAUGAACGCCAAUCAGGCUGGCUUGAUGUAGCAUUUUCUGAUGCACUCUUUCUUACAUUGCAUGG